CAUGACAGACAACGAUAUAGGAUUAAAAGAUAUCAGGGUGGAAGAUAAAGAACACGGUAUGGAUGAUAAUCACAAUGAUGGAUUUGCAGCGCCAUCACAGCCUUACGUUGAUACAAAUGGAUUGGAGAAUAAGGAUACCAUGUUCUUCAGAGAUGGACGAAGACGGAUUGACUUUAUUAUAACCUACGAAGAUUUGCCAAAUUCGGAAGACGAUCUUCAAUUCAAAUUACUUCAAAAGCUAAAAUUUGAAGAAGAAUUGCAAAAUCAUGGUAUUGAAUUAGAAGUAGAGCCAAAAACGAAUUCCGUUAAUCAGACAACUAAUUUUAUUAAACUCCACGUAACCUGGGAUGGUCUUGUACGCGGAGCGGAACUUAUUAAAUUACAAAAGAGGCUAAAAUUUGAAAUGAGAUCCGAUUUAGAAGAUUUUGGAGCUGAUUGCGCAAUGUGUCCCUGUUUCCUACCCAACGAAGUAAUUACUGGACCGGACGAUGAUUUUUUUUCAGCCAUCUUUACCAAGAAAGAUAUGAAUUUAUUUGAUAUUCAAAAUGAAGAGUCAUUCUUUACGAAUGCUGAAAGAAGUCUAAUUGCUCAUGAAUUUCUUCAAAGAGCAAAAUAUCCUGAAAAUGAUAAAGAUGAUACAUUAAAACACGGAAUAGCUGGUCUUGUUAACAGAGGAAUUUACAAAUCAUACUUUCCUCUUCACGAACUACCUCCGGCAAAAAUCAAAAAAAAUUUACAAUUUUUUGACGGUCCCGACGUUGACAGAAGGCGUCUUGUCGAAACUUGGGCUCGGUGGGGUAAAAUGUUCCACUAUCAGCCUCUUGACGUCAUUCGCCGAUACUUUGGUGAAAAGAUAGGGAUAUACUUUGCGUGGCUAGGUUUCUAUACUGGUAUGUUGGUUCCUGCUGCUUUUGUUGGCUUAGCAGUUUUCAUAUAUGGCAUAUUGACUUUUAACAGUCAUCAACCAGUGAAAGAUAUCUGUGAUACAAAUGGAGUAGGAGAUAUUGUUCUAUGUCCUAAAUGCGAUGAAAGAUGCACUUUUACAAGGCUUCAUAGAAGCUGUAUCUAUUCAAAAAUUACUCAAAUUUUUGACAAUUAUGCAACAGUUGCUUUCGCAGUAUUUAUGGCAAUAUGGGCAACAUUCUUCCUUGAAUUUUGGAAGCGAAAGGAAUGUCUCCUCCAAUACGAUUGGGACGUGGCCGGCUUCGAAGAAGAUGAAAAAAUGCGUCCCGAGUACGAAUUCAAAUUAAAACCAAAAAAGAAGAAAAAUAAGAAUAUUAGAAUAAAUCCUAUAACGGCCGAAGCGGAACCUCAUAUGCCAGUAUGGAGUAAAACAACAAGAAAAUGUUUCUCUUUUUCAGUUAUACUUUUUAUGAUAGCCCUUGUACUAGCAGCAAUAUUUGGCGUUAUUGUCUAUAGAAUGAUUAUAGUAGGCGUCUUUUACGCAGUUCAUCACGAAAAAAUUCAAGAGUUUGCUGGAAUUAUUACUUCAAUAACUGGAGCGAUUAUUAAUUUAAUUGCUAUAACACUAUUAAAUAUGAUUUAUCAAAAAUUGGCUUAUAAGCUUACUGAAAUGGAGUCUCCAAGAACUCAAACGAAAUUCGACGAUAGCUUUACCUUUAAGAUGUUCUUCUUUCAAUUUGUUAAUUACUACGGUUCUAUCUUUUAUAUAGCCUUUUUCAAGGGAAAGUUCUCAGGAAGACCUGGCGAUGUUUCCACGUAUUUCUUGAAAAAAUACCGUCAGGAUGAAUGCGAUCCAGCCGGUUGUAUAGUCGACUUAUUUAUACAAUUGGCAAUUAUUAUGACUGGUAAACAAAUUUUGAAUAAUUUCAAAGAGAUUGCUAUUCCUUGGUUAGCUAAAUUUUGUAAGUCUAGAACUGCAAAGGAUGAAACAGAAGAAAACAAAUAUAUGAGAUGGGAACAGGACAAUGAUCUUCCUCCGGCUCCUGACACUAUAUUUGACGAGUAUCUAGAAAUGGUUAUUCAAUACGGUUUUAUUACGAUUUUCGUUGCCGCAUUUCCUUUAGCACCUCUAAUGGCUCUACUUAAUAAUAUUGUUGAGAUUCGUUUAGACGCUAUUAAAUUUGUCAAUAUCUGGAAAAGGCCUGUAGCUACUAAGGCUCAAGAUAUAGGAGCUUGGUACAGUAUCCUAAAGUUUCUAACAUUUAUUGCUGUUCUAUCAAACGCAUUUAUAAUUGCUUGGACAUCGGAAUUUGUGCCGAAACUUGUCUACGAAUUCUCAGAUUUAGUUACAUCAAACAAAACCCUCGACGGUUACGUCGAACACAAAUUGUCUUUCUUUAAUGUGUCCGAUUACGACUCGGUCAACAAAAAUACUGGUCCAAACGAAAAUAAUUGGAAAAUUGACGAAGAGGAGGGAAAAGCAAACUUAACUUUUUGCCGUUUUGCUGGAUACUACGCUUACAACUCUAACGAGACAGAAUAUAAGAAUCGCUACGAACAUACGAAAUUCUAUUGGAGAGUUUUACUAGCAAGGGUUUCCGUUGUUAUCAUUUUCGAGCAUUUAGUGUUUCUAAUAACCUGGAUAGUUGGCUUGCUUAUACCCGACGUUCCGGCGAGAGUUCAGCAGCUGGAAACCUACCAGAAACAAUUAGUUCGUCACCUUCUCUAUCAACAAAUGGACGCUGAUAAAGUAAACGAGAGAUCGUUGAGCGAUGGCCUACGGAAGAGGAAUAGUUCACGUUAUUCAAACAACGCAUACGGCGGAGAUGACAUCUAUCCCUAUUAA